AUGAAUAUCAAUCAAGAAGGCUUUCAACGCCGGUUAGAUGCUCUGCAGAAAAUACUGCAGCAGUACAAUCUGAAGUCAACGCAGGUAACUCCGAUUGCCUAUGUUGAGCACUGCCCCUUCCACUUCAACAAUUUCAUCUACAAGGUGGAUCUAGAGGCCCCGGCGACCCCGGCAACAUUUUCCAGGCAGCAGCCAUGUACUUCGGCGCCGCCCGAGGAAGGCGUCACGACGCUAGUAAUCCGUAUGAGCAACCCUCUUGCUGAGGGGCUUAACAACGCCAACCGCGUCGAGAACGAUAUUGCUGCACAACACCUCGCGAGACAAUCCAUACAAUCUGCUGGGCUACCUCCUGUGGUGCCUGCGGUUUACGCCUGGGCUCCUUGCAGAUAUCCAGAUGUGCCGGGUGAGGAGGGAUUCGGGUGGACAAUGAGCGAGUUUAAGCCAGGUUCAGACCUGGACGGUCAAUUUCCUUCACUAACUCUAGAUGAUGCGAUAGAUGUCAUCCAACAACUAGCGAAAAUCUUCGCCGCCAUACAGGGCGCCAAGAUACCGGAAACGGUGACUAAAUUUGGAGCGCUGACUAUAGAUGACAGCGGUGCUAUCAUAGGCGGACAACCACCGCUUCUGAAAGGGGGGCCGUUCAACUCAUAUGCGGAAUACUGGGUCGCUAUUCUACAGGCGAAAUUGAGCGAAGCGGACGAAAGUUCAUUUCUAAAAGGAUGGAAAUAUGGAGGAUUGAGGGAGAAAAUUGACAAGUUUCUCGCAUCAGGUGGCGUGGGCAAAGUCCUAGAGAGCGUUGACACUGACAAAAGGGUUCUGGUGCAUGGAGAUCUGACCUUGAACAAUGUGCUAUAUGACAGCGCGACCAAGCGCAUCACGUCGGUUCUCGACUUCGACUGGUCGGCAGUUACGAAUCCCUGUGACGAGUUCCUAACGGGGCUUUGGGACAUAGGAGGCGGCAUCCAUGAGAGGAACGAAAAGUUCUUGCCAAUGCUUCUAUCGGGCGAUUUCAGCACGCAGCCCGAGGGGCUAUCAGCCGAUGACGUUAGAAAGUGGGAGGUGGCUAAGGCUUGGGACAAGGCCGUCGCUGAAGCUGGAGCCAUAAGACCAAGUGACAUUUCUGGCGUGGACCGUAUACAAGUCUUGAAAGAGUUAGAGGACUCAUUAUGUCCGUUCGAAUUGGCCAAUGAGGUUAUGCUAAAGCGCAAGUCAAAUGAGGAAAAGCUCAAGAAGAAAAAUGAGAUGGAGACGAAGAUUCGAAAGUUGCUGGAGACUUAUGAGAAUCACGGAUAA